UGCAUUUCCUCCUCACAUCCUACGCUGACCCUCCGAUACCCCGCAGACUGGACACACGCAAGCCUCGCUGGGAAACGAGCUUUAGCUGCUGUUAAGGAGAGAUGGGCAGCUUGUAUAAGGAUGAGCAGGACAACUGGAUCACAGUGUGUCUCAAGUACCUCCUCUUCGUUUUUAACUUCCUGUUCUGGAUGGGUGGUGGGGUGGUGAUGGGUGUCGGGAUCUGGACGCUGGUCGAUAAAGGAGAGUACCUGAGCCUGCUGGCCUCCAGUACAUUCGCCGUGUCCGCUUACAUUCUGAUCCUGGCAGGAGGGCUGGUGAUGGUCACGGGGUUCCUGGGCUGCUGCGCCGUCAUACAUGAGCAGAGGAGCUGUCUGUCCACGUACUUCUCCUGUCUGCUUCUGAUCUUUCUAAUUGAGCUGGUGGCUGGUGUUCUGGCCUACGUUUAUUAUCAGUCGCUGAGUGAAGAGCUGAAGCAGCACUUGAGCAAGACAAUGACAGAGAACUAUGCCCAACCUGGAAAAGAGAGCAUCACACAUUCUGUGGACAGACUACAGCAGGAUUUCAAGUGCUGCGGGAGCAACAACUCAUUUGACUGGACACACAGCGCGUACAUCAUGUCCCUGGAAGCGGAGAAAAGAUUGGUCCCAGACAGCUGCUGUAAGACCAUCACCCAUCAGUGUGGAAAGAGAGACCACCCCUCAAACAUCUACAAGGUGGAGGGCGGCUGUAUCAGUAAACUGGAGCAGUUUCUGGCAGAUCACUUGCUCAUUAUUGGUGCUGUGGGAAUAGGUGUGGCCUGUCUACAGCCUGCUGUGGGACUCCCAAUGUGUCCGAUCUAUUUCAGGCCUCUCUCUUCCUGCCUAUUGUAUCGCUCUCUCUGGACCUAGACUGCUGGAAAGGAGAGCUUUCAAAGGUGUCAACAUAUCUUCUCAGAAAAAAAGACUGUUUGUCCCUAGCUUUUGUGAAGGUCUGCUGAUUGCGUAUAAGUCUCAUCUCUCGGUUUGUUGUUGUUGUGCAGUUAAUCCCACUUUCAUUUGGUUUUAUUGUCCUCUGGAGUAGCAUUAGAAGUGCUGGCAGACAGCAGUAUUACUGCUUCUCACUCAGUGCUUUAUGACAUGGAGGACAAUUCCGUGAAAAGAACAAGCUUUUUAAAGGUGAAAAUGAAAAAUGGACACAAAGGAAGGUAUUCUGUAAAUUUUCUAAGAUGCUCUUUUACAUGCACGGAAAUUAAUGAGGUUUUGAAUUGAAUGUUCCAAAAAUGACAAAGAGGCAUAAAGCAGUAU